CAUCGGGGGGGAGGCUCCCGUGCUGUGUCAGAGCCGGUGUCCCGAGGGACGACAGUGCAGGCAGGACCCGGCUGCUCACAUACCCCAGGGCGGGAGGGCCCCAUCACUAGCCCGGUUCCCUCUGGGAUUGCUGUUAGAGACGCCAGGCGCGUGGGGCCCGUGUGCACUCAGGAUCCACCCCGCGGUGCGAACUUGGGGUGCACAUGACUCAGUAUAUCGCGUUUGUUUCUGGCGCACGCGGGAGGUAGACGCAUUUCCCGUUCCGCUUCUGUCGGUCCCCGUCCGAUGGCCACACGUACGCGCGUUAUGUUUGGGCUCAGUGGCCUCCCUCUCCUGGGGGAGAGACUCCAUUGUGCUGUUGGUAAGUGUCUACAAUAUACCCUCACAUUUCUCUGUUGGGAGCCGGCCGCGGGCUCCUGACCUGAAAUGCUGACAGGAGCUGGAGACGGAAGGAGUUUCUAUCCUCAGGGGUUUCCCGUCCUCAAGGUCAGUCCUAUUUCUGUGAAAGGAAAUUAGGGAAAUGUAGAGUCAGGACGGGGAGCUGCUGGGAAUCUGCUCAGGAGUAAAGCCAACACAUUCCGGACGCAGGAGGUUUCUCCUGGAGACGGGCAUUCUGGAUACAAUUGGAGGCUUUCCGGAGCAUUGGUGACCUCACUGGCCCCACACAGUCCCGGUGAUUAACCCAGUGACCCCUGGAGCGUCUCCAAAUCCCUCCAUGUUGAGAGCUCACUGGCUCAGGUCCAUGGAGCCAUUUGUCCCCGGACAUGCAGGGAAUGAGUGAAAAAGAUGAGAUUCUCACUGGGUCUGGUCCUAAAGCCGCUCUCCCAGCAGCUGACUGUGGCCCCGGCACGUCUAGGAGGGUUUCCAGCCCGAAGCCCGCGGGUCAGCACAGAAGCCAUGUUGCCCAGGGUGCAUUCUCUGGCUCAGGGUCAUGAUCUAAAUUAGCUGCUGCCAGUCUGGUUAGAAAGUUCCGGAAGCGGCUGAGUGUGGGAGAAGUAAGCCCCACGGUGAGCAGGGCUGGAGGCGCUGGCCCACGUGUGACGCAGGCAGUGUAGGGGGGUGGCUGUGGUCAGCAGGGGCCUCUUUGGACCUCAGAUGCUGCAGGGUUCAGGCCACAGGGCCUGUUUCCUCUGCCUGGGGGUGUGAGAAAGGAGAGAGGCUGUCCGGGGGCAGGCCUGGCCUCCCUCCCCCUUCCCCUCCAGUGGGGCUUCUGAAGGUCAGGAGGGACUGAGGUCUGGACAGACCAGUGGCCUAUGAGCCUGAGAUGUGGGCCUGGCCCCGCCAUGUCCCGGCUUCCAGACCGUGGGCCCAUCAAAUACCCUAAAUGGGCCCCGACGUUGCUCAUCUGUAAAAUGGACGCUAAUCUUGAUAUCCGCCGCCUCUCACAGGGACCGAGCCUGGGAACCACAGAAACCAGACACGCUGUGCACGAAUGACGUUAGCUCUUGCUGCCCAGGACGGCGGCGAGUGACAGAGAUCAGUAUGUGGGUUCGAAAUGUCCCUGUUGGGGUGCCGGCGUGGCAUGUGUGUUGGCGGCCCCUCCCGUGUCCCUGACCUGCAGCUGCUGGGGGUUCCCUCCGGGGCCCUGGGCCCUGUCCCCCACACAGUGGUUUUGGUGAGCAGACAUUCUUCCCCCGAGGCACUCCCCGGGGGUGCAGGGACAGGGACAGGGGCAUUGCCGACUUGCUCCCCAUCACGCCGAAGUGACCAGUGGUGAGCUGCCCAGGUGGGGCCUCCGUCCGAGGAGUUUCUAACCGCGAGGCCAGGGACUGAGCCUUCUGAAGGACCAUCCCCGUUACGGGACGGGAGCGGGGGAAGAAGGCCAUGUUGAUGCUCUCUUGUCCGAGGAGCGCAGAGCAGGUCAGGGAGCCCAGAGUGGACGGGGUGACUCUUGGAGGCCACACGGUGGGAAGGGACAGGGGCUGGGAUGUUGGGUCUCAGAGAUCACGGUUGGGAGUCCAGUCCCUGCUCCACCCUGCUGAGUGACCUGCGAUGGUCGUCCAAAGCCUUAGGAUGGGCUUCCACAUCCCCAGAAGGGACUUCCCAGCCCAUAGGCCGACUGCCUUCAGUUCGUGUCCCCGGCCAUCCUGGGGUCCAGCCUUAGGAUCCGAGGCUCUGAGCAGCUGGGGGGAGCCUCCGUGGGCAGGGAAAGGGCACGGCCGGCGGGGAGUUAUGGGGCUGCUCCCCCAGGGUCCACGGGAGACAAGGUUCUCUGAGGUCGUGGGGCCCCGUCUGGGGAGAAGAGGCCUGACCCUCAGCAGGUGGCCGUGAGUCUGAGGCAGCCGAGCCUGUGGACGGAGGAGCCCAUCCCUGCCCCCUGCCUGUGUGUGAGAGCGGGCCCAGGGCUGGCAGAGCCUUAGGGGGACGCGCUGGUGGGGUGCUGCCCUGUUAGGGGGGUUUGCCUUGUGUGUGGGGGCAGGGCGGGUCUGGGUGCCCAGAGGGCCUGGGUGCCGGCCAAAGGGAAAUGCCCGUGUUUGCACUGGGGUGUGGGGGGUGGGCCCUUCCCACAAAGCGCUUUGUUCUUGUGCUCAGAGCGUCUUCCUUAGACACCCGACAGUUAAGUGCAGAGAAAAUCAGAAAGGAGAUUUGACUCGUUCAAUGGUGUUAAGACAGAGGACAGGCCCAAAGCAGGGGGGUCACUGUGUCCCUGGUACAGUGGUUUGUGCGACUUUGGGCCUGGCCAUCGGCUGGCCCUGGGGAGCAGGGCUGCCUGGGCAGAGUGUGAACCCAGGGAAACAGGUAAGGGGUCCCAGCAGUGCUGGCUGGGGAGCUGAGAUCACCAGGCUGGUCGUGCCCACAGGACGGGGCAUCUCCCACACAGCGCCUCACCGAGGGGGGGUUCCUAUGUUUAUUCCACCAUCGUUCCCCCGAGGGUCCCUGCAGGUGCCAGAGAGAAGAGGAAGCAUCUGAAUGGCUUAUCUAGACCAGCCAGCUUGUCCUAGGCAGUUAGCUCCGCCCUUGGGGUGGGAAGAGCCUAAGAGUGUUCUGAGCAGAAGCUCGCCUCUUCUCUUGCCUCUGCCUUCUGGAUGUUUCCUCCACAGCCAACUCGGCCCAGACCAAGCCUGAAGGAGGCAGCCUGUGAUGGGAGCCCACUCAGAAGACCCCCACCUGUGCUGGGCCUCCCGGCUCCUGGGGUUCAGCAGCCUCGUCCUCAGCGCCUUCAGCACUGUGGUCAACGGUUCUGGAACUCAUGGAUCUCAAGUGGAGGAUUCUGGAAACAUGGUUUCUCUGAAGGGAACUCAAGGAAGUUCUGUGUCGUUUCAUGUGACCCAAAGUCCAGAAUUAGCUCCAGGAGUCAAGCUGGAGAAGAUUUCUUGGGGCACUAAAAACAAGUAUGAGUACCUAGUCCUCCUGCAGGUGUCUCCUGGGGAAGAUGUUCCAACAUGGGUCAACUUCCAGCACAAGCUCGAGAAGAGGGUCCAUGUGCUCAACACCACGACCCUGAGGAUUGACAACCUGACCCUUGAGGACAGUGGGCAGUACUGGGCUCGAGUCUCCUUAACCAAAGGAAGAGAAACGAACCAGUAUUUCCACCUCACUGUCUACGAGCCUGUGCCCCACCCCCAGAUCCUGGCCGAGACUCCAUCCGUCACACCAGACUGGUGCAAUGUCACCCUGGAGUGCCACGCCCCGGGAACCAGAGAGGAUGUGAAUGUGUCCUGGGAGAGCAAGGGCCUCCCCAGGGAGCUGGAGAAGAGAGGGGUCCCAGGACCGGCCCCCAACCCCUGGACCGUGGCUCUGAAGCUGCCCCUGAGCCAGCCCAGCCCCAGCAUCACCUGUGUGGUCAGCAACCCGGGGGACCGGAAAACUGCCACCCGGGACCUUGGGGAAGUCUGUGCCCACGGGUCCCAGGAAGAGCACAGGGACCAUGAUGAUGGCGUCCAGUAUGCAGAGCUGAGCCAGCAGACUUCCAGGGAGAGCAGGGACCAGGGUUCGGGGGAACCACAUCUCGAACAGGAGACACCGCUCACGACAGUCUACAGUGAGGUCCGCCACCCAGGCCAGGUCUUGAGGGUGAUUUAACUGGAAGGAGCAGGGAAUCCAGCCUCCCCCCCGACACCUCUGUUGUGCGUGUGAUGCCUGCAGCCCUGGUCCUGCUCCCUCCCCCUCUAACUGCUCUCAGCAGGGACCAGAUUCAUCCAACCUCCGUGAAUCUCUAUGCGGACACUUUGUGCACAAGUUGAGCAGAAGACACACAUCGCGGCAGAUCGAGGGGGACCUUCGUCGUUAAACGAGUCCAAAGCUGUGGUCCGGUUCCGCUCAGCCUCAGCCCCUUUGGCAACCGUCAACGGAGCCCACUCUCCCCACGUCUGUGCACCGUCCGUCGUCCUGUCCGGACCCUCUGCCUCUGGGACCCAUCGACAUGAAGUCUCAACUUCUAGCCUCGACUGGUUCACCACCAGCCGGCUCAGUCUGUGCUUGAGAGCUGUGUAAAGAGAAUACAAAGUCGCACAGCCAGGGCUUGCUGAGUCCUGGCCCUGUGACCCACCCUGAUCUCGUCACCCUCUUCGUUCGUCACUCACUGGGCCCUCGCAGACGCUGUGUGAGCUGGGUGUCCCGGUGCCCACUUUGCAGAUGAGGAGCAGGAGGCCAGAAAGGCUGAGUGUCAAGGCCGCACAGCUGGGGGAGCCCGAGCCGCACCGCAGCCAGGGCCUGGGUCCCAGCCGUCGUCUGGUUUCCCGAGUCCUGGGAAACCUCCUCCCUUCUGACCGGUCGUGCUGGCACCUGGCAGGGCUCCUAUUUCUCAGGAAAAAGCAGAAGUUGAUGAGUGAGUUCUCGUUCUGCCAGUUAACUUUUCCCUGACCGCUUACUGACCUCUGCCUCCCUCUCUCUCCUGUCCCCACGGGGGACACUGAGCUCCUCGUGUCUAAGAAGGACCUUUCCCUACACGUGAGGCCCCGUCUGAGGCACCCCUCCUCUGGUCCGUCCCCCUGACCCUGCUGGCUCCCUCCCUGCAGCCUGCACCCUGGCUGGGGCUCCGCCUACUGAACGGCUGAUCCCGCACCUGGGCCCCACCUCACAGGACCCCUAGAGCCCCCAGGGGUGACCCCCACGCGUCAGCUGCCACCUCCACCCACAUCAGGUGCCCUUUCUCAGGAAAUGGGCCACACCCUGGACUCCUUCCUUCCUGCUCAGGGGCCCAGAUCCGGUGCCUCUGAAGCCCCAGGCCUGUGCCAAGCGCCUCGGGUGCAACAAGUUUAUUUUGUUGUCACACUUGUAAGAGGAAAGCCGGAGACGCUGAAGCCUUAGCGGUUUCUGCCACUUACUCAAGAGGACACAGGACUGGUCCCUAGGUUGGCACACGUGCUUUUCGGCUCUCCUUCCCGCCUGUUGGGGCUGUGGGUUCGGCUCCCCCUCUUCACCCCUGCGCUGUGUCCUCCCCGCCCUCUCUCCCUGCCCUCACAGCCCAGCUUCCCUUCUUGUAAUCCAGGGGCCGGGCAAGACAGAGCAGGAGCUCGGCCCCCACAGGAGGGAAAGUGUUUUCAGGCCAUGAAUGUGCGUGUUCCGUUCGGAGGAGAGGCUGGUCGCCUACCUGAGCCUCAGGUCACCUCUUGGACCACAAACUCUCUCCUUCCAUCUCUACCUCUUCUCCCCCAUGCAUACAGAGUGGCCUGCUAUUUGCCAGAAUUAGUAAUCCAAGCAGGACAGAAGUGGGUCUCAAGUGUCCCUGCCUGUCCGUCUCCCCAGCUCAGCCUGAGGCUCCACCGGAAGCAGGUGGAUCCCCCGAGAUCAGAGGAAAGCAGACGAGCUAAUCGUCCCUAAAACCUCAGCCUCUGCAAGGGAGCACGCACACACCAGCCUCCAGCCAAGCAGCUGCGUGUGCCUCAGAACUAAGGCUUCCAGAAACAUCCAGAUUGCAACUGAAAGGAUGAUUCUAAGUAUCUGAGAACGGUAUCUGUAUCCGGAGAGGGGGCAGAGCCGGGCUGUGUCUGAACCUUGCAGUAAAUGUUGUGAAACAAGCCUCUUCCCCCUCCCCCCCCCGCCCCGGGGUCCUGAAACCUCACCCCUGCUGGUGGGCAGGGAGCAGGUGAAAGCAUCUCCUGGACGCUGGGCUGCAUGAACUAUAGCAGGUGGUUGGUAUGAUUAACCUCACUGCACACAGUCAGUGAGAGAGGAGCCCCGACCUGAAGUCUGAAAUGAUUCUUAUUUUCAGUGUAGACCAGACAGGCAGGGGCAUGAGGUACACAGGACCAGGGUACCACCCCAAUCCUGAUGGGGCUCCCUGGCACCGGGGACCACCCCCUCUCAAUCCCCUUGUGCGCGACCACAUGCCCCACCUGCCCCCGCACACCUGCUCAGGGCCUCGGUGACCGCCCCCGGCCUGGAGCACAAACUGUUACAUGUCUGUUCCAUCCUGCUGGUACAAUGGCCCGUCAGUCCCCUCCCCGUUGGCCUCUAUCCUGCCCUCUUGGCAAACUCGCUUACUAGUCUGGGGAAGUUUCUGUAGAUUCCUGGGAUUUUCUAUGUAGACAAACACAAGUAAUGUCUGUGAUCAAGACAGCUUUUCUUUUCCCCUUUCCAAUCUAUAUCUCACUUUAUGUCUUUCUCUUGCCUUAGUGCAUCUGAUGAGACUUUCCCUAGAUGCUACAGAGGAGCGGUGAGCACAAGCACCGUUGGCUCGUUCCCAACAUUAAGGGAAAGCAUCCAGUUUUCUGCCUUCAACAGUGAUGUUCACUCUCGGCUUUUCUGUCAAUAUGUUUUAUUACAUGACUCAGUUUCAUUUUCUCUAUCUUCGUUCUUCUUAUUUCCUCUCUUCCGCUUGCUUUGCAUUUGUUUCGCUCUUAUUUGUAUAGAUUUGUAAGAGAAAUGCUUAAAUUAUAAAUUUGGAGCAUUUCUCCUUUGGCAAACUAUGCUUUGAAUCAUGUUCAUUUCCUCAUAAGCACCUUGUUCGCGUCUUUUCCCACGUUUUGAUGUCUUGUAUGUUCAUUUCCGCUCGCUUCAAAUGUUGAGACAUUUCCCUUCAGGCGCCCUCUUUGACAUUUGGCUAUGGAGACUUGUUUCGUUUCCUCCGUAAGUGUUUGGAAAUUUCCCGUCAUCUUUCUGUUAUUAAAUUCUACCCGAGGUCUGUCCCA